CACCUCACUAUUCUUAAACGAAUCAAUUCCCAACCUAGAAGAUCAAUUUUGAUAUCUUUACAAGACAAUACUGCUAGUUCUAAGGUCUACGCUAUUACUGUCGUGAGGGCUGAUACAGGGAGAGAGGGAGAGAGAGGGGAGCAAGGCCAUGGGAGGUUUAUUAUCGGCUUUGACGGGUGAAGCGGAGGCGGAGGCACCCACCGCCGAGUCAUCAUCACCUUCCAGAGUGAUUGUUUUUAAUUUAUCGCACGAGUGGAAGCAACACUUCAACGCCACCAAAGAACUCAAUAAAUUGAUGGUGGUGGAUUUCACAGCGUCCUGGUGUGGUCCCUGCAAGUUUAUGGAGCCGUUCAUCAUUUCCAUGGCCAGCAAGUACACCGACGUUAAAUUCAUAAAGAUCGACGUCGAUAAGGUCAAGGAGGUUGCAACGGAGUAUAAGGUGACUGCUAUGCCGACGUUCGUGCUGAUAAAGCAAGGCAAGGAGGUGGAUAGACUGCUAGGAGCCAAUAAAGUUGAGCUUGAGAAGAAGAUCCUCGAGCACAAGCCCAGGGAAGUUCCCAAAUUUGCUGCUUGAUUGGAUUAUCUUAAUUACAGGCUCAUGUUCCCAUUUCAAUCAAAAUAUCAAAUAAAAGGGGGUAAACACAGUCUUCUGAUGUUAUCAUGUUUAAUGUAAUCAGUCCAUCUUUGAAGUUUGGUGCCUGUGCCUGGUAAACGACUAACCAGUUUUUACUUGUUAUUAUGGAUUAUAGAAUAGACAGUCUUUUUUAUUAAUGCAAUUUUCUGUUACUAUAAGCGCAAAACAGGCAACGUAAAGUAUGACAAGCUUUCCUUUAGUAUGUCAAAAAAGUAUAAUCAGAGCAUCAAAAUGGUGGCAAGAAUUAAUUUCAAACUAUGAAGUUUGAUUUGUAAGAAUUAAUUUCAAACUGUUUGCUUGGUUUUGGAUCUUGUAAAAAUAUCAAAAUGCCAGUUGACAUGUGAAUAUUUCAU